ACUGUCAACUAGAAGCAACGAAAGUCUGAAAGGUUGUGAUAUUUUUCUUUUCUUUAAUCCAAACAUACCGUUUCCUGGAUAAUUGCUGAUGUCACGUUGAAACAAAACUCUUUAGUUCUUUAGAUUGUGUUUUCUUCGUCUCCGAGGUCUGAAUCGGAUCUCUAAAGCCUUUUACCCCGCUGUCAAUCAAAACCCUAGUUUAAUGUCCAGAAACCCAUUUGGAAGCUCAAUAAACUAAUACAAGUUCUGUAUCGCAGAAAAUGUGGAGCUGCAGGGGUACCUUCAGUUGCUGCUUUCUUUCUGAUACAAUGAAAAGCUCCAGAAGGAAAGUGAAUAUUUCCAUGGGAGCAUGUGGUCACAAUUUUCAGUCACCCCCUAAAUCACCAUCAUUAUCAACCUUCCAUGGAUUCUCAUUUCAUAACAGUUCCAGGAAAUGCAAGAAAUUAUCGUUUUACUCAACACCAAUCAAUGGCGUGGAAGAAGAAAUUGGUUUAUUGAUUUCUCAGAGAUCUUCAAUUACCAAAAGAGAGUCAAAAUGUGAGCAAUCAGACAUGUUUGGGGAUGGUGAAGAAUUUUCUUUUGAACUAUAUGAAAAUUCAAUCUGUAGCUGCUGUAAAUUAGGUGAGAUUGAUAAAUCUAUGUUUUUACUUUCUCAAAUGGAUGCCAUAGGAUUUCACCCCAGUUUGAUGUGCUACAUUUGUUUGAUUGAAGCCCUUGGAAGUGUUGGUCGGACUCUUGAAGCAGAUGCUCUUUUCCAGGAAAUGAGGUGGUCUGGAUUUGAGCCGACAAUAAGAGCUUAUAAUGUUAUUCUUAAGGGAUUCUUCAAGAAAGGGCUUUUAGGGCUUGCAGAUAGGGUUUUGGUUGAAAUGGAUCAUUUAGGCAUGAAAAGGAAUCAAGAAACGUAUGAGAUUCUUCUAGAUUACUAUGUCCACGCUGGGCGAUUGGAAGAUACCCAGUUGAUUAUAAGUGAGAUGAAGCAGAGACAUUUACAACUGAACACUAAUGUCUAUAGCAAGGUUAUUGGUCUUUAUAGGGACAAUGGGAUGUGGAAGAAAGCAGUAAACAUCAUGAGAGAAAUGAGGGAAAUGGGGUUAUCACUUGAUAGGAGGAUCUAUAAUAGCAUAAUUGAUUCAUUUGGGAAGUAUGGUGAGCUGGACCAAGCUGUAGAAGUCUUUGAAAACAUGCAAAGAGAAGGCAUAAAACCAAAUAUUGUGACAUGGAAUUCUUUGAUUCGGUGGCAUUGUAAGGCUGGGGAUCUCACUGGAGCUCUUGAAUUCUUUAGUAAGAUGCAAGAACAAGGGUUGUAUCCAGAUCCCAAGAUCUUUAUUACCAUCAUCAGUAGUUUGGGGGAGCAAGGGAAAUGGGAUAUCAUAAAGAACAAUUUUGAGAGUAUGAAAAGCAGAGGGCUUCAAAAGAGUGGAGUCAUUUAUGCAGUCUUAGUAGAUAUCUAUGGGCAAUAUGGGAGAUUUCAAGGUGCUGAAAAUUGUCUGUUGGCUUUGAAGUCAGAAGGUCUAAAGCCUACAGCUAGCCUAUUUUGUACGUUAGCAAAUGCUUAUGCUCAACAGGGAUUAUGUGAACAAACGGUUAAGGUACUACAACUGAUGGAACAGGAAGGAAUUGAACCAAACCUUAUAAUGCUGAAUUUGCUGAUCAAUGCAUUUGGUGUUGCUGGAAGAUAUUUAGAGGCCCUGUCAAUUUUUCACCACAUAAAGGAAAGUGGUGCUUGUCCUGAUGUGGUUACCUACAGUACACUCAUGAAGGCAUUUAUUAGAGCCAGGAAAUAUGAAGAGGUUUCAAGAAUCUAUAAGGAAAUGGAAUCUGCUGGGUGCACGCCGGAUAGGAAAGCAAGGGAGAUGCUACAGACGGCAGCAAUGGUUCUUGACCAGAAAAAUGGAGGUUAAUAUAUUGGAAGAUCAAAUCUGAGAUAUACGAAGAAUAUUCUUGACUAGCUGGCUCUCUACAGACUCCCUCUUCUCUCCCUUCUGGAUUUUGAAAAUUUCUUGAGGAAAGAUCUCUCUCUUCUCCUCUGAAGGAGUUCGGUUCAAUGUGAGUAACAGGAGAAAGAAGGAAUCAUGGAAGCUCGAGGACGACUAACAUAUAUGAAAAAAUAUGACGCAUCAAUGUCUUGUGGUUUUCUCAACUCCCACAGUGUACAUCCACACACCCCAGCGAUACAUACAGGGGAAUUUCAGUUUCUUUUCUGUUUCUUUUUAACCCUCUGGCCUACAAAGUUUCAGUCUAUUAUUAACUUAUUAGAAACUCGUGACGAUCAAUGUAUGAAUUUGUUAGAAAUACAAAGGAGGCCGGCUGGGCAUAAAUGUGCA